AUGCCAAACUUGGCAAAACUGGAAUUUGCUGCCUUGGACAUUUCUAGGAACAACUAUCUAUCAUGGGUCCUGAAUGCCAAGAUCCAUUUGCGUGCCAAUGGCCUUGGAAAAACAAUUGUAGAUGGAAGUGAUGCAUCACCUGAAGAAAACGCAAAGGCUAUGAUUUUUCUUCGCCGUCACAUUCAUGAAGCGCUGAAAAGCGAAUAUGUGGUGGUCGAUAAACCAUUGGUUCUAUGGAAAGCCUUAUUCGAAAGAUACAAUCACCAGAAAACGGUGACCCUCCCAAGAGCCAGAUAUGAGCGGACACACUUGAGAUUCCAAGAUUUCAAGAUAGUGUAUGAGUACAACUUAGCAAUACACAGAAUCACCUCCUUGAUGAAAUUAUGUGGUGAAAAUAUCUCUGAGGAGGAUAUGCUCGAAAAAACUUUGAGUACCUUUCAUGCCUCAAAUGUGCUUCUGCAGUAA